AUGUUCUUCGCAGAGUGUGUGUCCUCCAUCAAAGACUGGCUGGCCACUAACUACCUGCAGAUAAAUUCAAACAAGACUGAAACGCUGAUCUUUGCUCCAGACCAUAAGAUCCCGCUGAUCAAACAGCACCUUGGCUCUCUGGGCCCCUCUGUCAAAUCCAGCCUCAGAAACUUGGGGGUUGUGUUUGACCAGGCCAUGUCUUUGGAGACACACUCAAAACAGCUCGUCCGAAAUUGCUUUUAUCAUCUUAGGAACAUCUUGUUCCUGCGGAGCCACAAGAGUCUGGAGUCGGUCGAUCCUCAGUUCACCAUGAGAAGAAAGAUGGAGCAGCUAAGAGAGGAGCUGGAGCUCACUGAGCUGCUGAGAGACAGCAUCGAGAGCAGACUGAAGGUGGUCCUUCCCGAGGACCUGGGCUCGUCUCUGAUGGACGGUGUCGUGCUCUGCCAUCUGGCCAAUCACAUUCGCCCGCGCUCCGUCGGCAGCAUCCACGUCCCCUCGCCUGCAGUGCCCAAACUCAGCAUGGCCAAGUGUCGGAGAAAUGUGGAGAACUUCUUGGACGCAUGCAGGAAGAUUGGCGUACCACAGGUAAAGACAUUUCUUUAAUUAGCUCAACCUGAACCCUGAACCCUGUUAGUGCUCUGAACUGGGGGGGCGUUUUCCACUCAGACCC